UGUGGUGUAGAGCUGUUGUGCGUUUGUGUCUCUGUAUUCAAGCGGUAAAAUGACAGAUACCAGAUUUUCUCAGGAUGAGUUCAAGUGUCUAGUGUGUCAUGAUCUCCUGAAGGAUCCAGUGACCAUCCAGUGUGGACACAAUUACUGUAAGAGCUGUAUUACAGACUGCUGGGAUCAGGAGGAUCAGAUGAGAGUCUACAGCUGCCCUCAGUGCAGACAGACCUUCAGUCCAAGACCUGCUUUAGCUACAAACACCAUGCUGACUGAAGUGGUGGAGAAACUGAAGAAAAGGAAACGUCCUGCUGACUGUUACGCUGGAGCUGGAGAUGUGCAGUGUGACGUCUGUACUGGAACAAAAUACAAAGCCGUCAAGUCCUGUCUGAUGUGUCUGAACUCUUACUGUCAGAAUCACCUUGAACAACACGACAGUUGGUUUAAAGGAAAGAAACACAAUUUGACUGAUGCCACUGGACGACUGCAGGAGAUGAUCUGCCAGAAACAUCAGAAGAUCCUUGAGGUUUUCUGUCGCACUGAUCAGAAAUGUAUAUGUGUGCUGUGUAUGGAUGAACAUAAAAACCACAACACUGUAUCAGCUGCAGCACAGAGGACAGAGAAACAGAAGCAGCUGAAGGAGACGCAGAAGACGUUCCAGCAGAGAAUCCAGCAGAGAGAGAAAGAUCUUCAGCAGCUGAGAGAGGCUGUGGAGUCUCAUAAGCGCUCUGCACAGACAGCAGUGGAGGACAGUGAGAGGAUCUUUACUGAGAUCAUCCGCUCCAUUGAGAGAAGCCGCUCUGAGCUGAUACGACUGAUCAGAAAUCAGGAAAAGCGAGCGGUGAGUCGAGCUGAAGGACGACUGGAGCGACUGGAGCAGGAGAUCAAUGAUCUGAGGAGGAGAGACGCUGAGCUGGAGCAGCUUUCACACACACAGGAUCACAUCCAGUUCCUGCAGAGCCCUGGUUUCCAGUCUCUCUCAGCACCUCCUGAAUCUACAGACGGAAAUGACAAUCCCUUCAUUUCUCUCUUCUCUUCUGAUGGUCUGAGAGAAUCUGUCCGUCAGCUGAGAGACAAACUGGAGGAUUUCUGCAAAGAGGAGCUCAAGAAGAUCUCAGACAGAGUCACAUUCACCAACAUUGUUCCCAGGACCAGGAACGACUUCCUACAAUAUUCCCAUCAGCUCACUCCGGAUCUGAACACAGCACAUAAACGCCUCAGUCUUUCUGAGAACAACAGAGUGAUUUCUGGUAUUAACACAGAUCAUCCAUAUCCUGAUCAUCCAGACAGAUUUGAUCAUUAUCGUCAGGUGUUGUGUAGAGAGAGUGUGUGUGGACGCUGUUACUGGGAGCUGCAGUGGAGAGGGAACAAUGGUGUGCGAAUCUCAGUGUCAUAUAAGAGCAUCAGCAGGGAGGGAGAUGGUGAUGAGUGUCGAUUUGGAUGUAAUAAUCAGUCCUGGAGUUUGAUCUGCUCUCCUGACAGAUACUCAUUCAGACACAAUAAAACAGUGACUGCUCUCCCUGUAAAGCCCAUCAGCAGUAGAAUAGGAGUGUUUGUGGAUCACAGUGCAGGAACUCUGUCCUUCUACAGCGUCUCUGACACAAUGAGCCUCAUCCACACAGUCCAGACCACAUUCACUCAGCCGCUCUAUCCUGGGUUUGGGUUUGGAUCUGGAUCAUCAGUGAAACUGUGUUGAUAAUUCAGAAUAGACUAAUGAAUGUGGCAUCAAUCCUACAGUCAUGAGUGUUUCCUCUGUAAAGGUGAUUUUAAACAGAUCACAACCGUUUCAAUCCAGGAAAAAAAAAACUAAACUGACAGACAAACACAAAAACUCAAACACGGAUCAGAAGAGCAAACGAGAGAGAGACGCUUCCCGACACAACAGAACAAGAGUGAAUGAAUUGCAGCAGAUCACACUUCACAAAACUUAAAGAAAAUCAAGUCUUCUUCAUUCAGAUUUUUGGAAACACUUUACAGUAAACUUUAAUUUGCUCGCAUUCAUUCACUACAUCAGUGAACAUCAACGAAGAACAAUGAAGAACACUUCUACAGCAUUUAUUCAUCUUAUACAAUUUUAUUUUGAACAUUUAAUAAUACUUAUUAAAAUCAAAAAUCAUAUCUGUUAACAUUAGUUAAUGCACUGCUAACAUGAACAAACAAUGCAUUUUAAAAUUUGCAUUAAAAAUGUUAUUACCCAACAUUAACAAAUACCAAUAAAUACUGUAAAAAUAUAUAUUGCUAAUUAAUAGUUCAUUUGAGCUAAUGCAUUAAUGAAUGAAACCUUACUGUAAAGUGUUUCUAGAUUUUUCCAAUUUUUUACCAUGGUAAAAAAUAAUGAAAAUUAUCAUUGGUGUCAUCACAAAUUAUUGUUGUAAAUUAAACACUGUAACUGUAAAUUUGUUUUAGUUCUGUUGGUAUUAAACAUUUACUGUGAAAUGUACAGGAAGUCAGCUGGACUAACUAUAUCUAGUUCCUUCAUAAUUCUGUAUCAUAUCACAGACUCCUAUUGUAGGCCUAUAUAGAAUAAAAUACAAGAAAAACAAACAGGACUGAAAACAGCAUAAAUAAAAUAUACAAAUUCAACCCUGAUGUUUGCAUUUAAUGAGACAUGCCUUGCCCAAAUACACACACUUGCG